AUGGCGCCGCCACCAAUUCACAUUCAAAGCCUGGGUCUACUAGAACCAGCUGGCGCCAGUAGCGAUCGUAUCGCAUCGCCUUGGCGCGGCCGAGACCGUUCGGCGUCACCGCAUCCAGAUCCAGUGAGUAGCACCGGAGUGGUGCCGCAACCUACAACUCCCAUGAGUGGCGGUCCUUUGAGUCCCUCAGCGAGCCCUGGCAGACGUCACUAUCCCAACGCACGGGCGGAAAAGAACUCGAAUCCCAUUGCACCUCCCGAGAAAAGGACUGCUUGUCCAGUGACUCCUGUGGUGCCUCCAUGGAUGCAGCCUGACAAGGGAGUCAAGAGCAGUUUGAAAACGUCAAGAAGAGUCCAGGACAUGGCAGGUACCUUUAACAUCGGUAACAUGGGUGUCAACUCGCUGAGUACCACUGACAAGACGACGGCACAGCGGGCGCUCUCCAUCUUCAACAUCCCCAGCAUGGAAAUCACUUCACGGAAAGGACGAUUGGGUCUUCAUUCCAAAUCUUUGCCACCUGAGGUCUUUGGAGCUGCGCCCAGCCAGCCCGUCGAGUCUCCAAAGCGCCGCCCCAGAGUCAUCGUGGAGAGCCCGGAGAUCCCUUGCUGCGCCAUGACCAUCCAACCCGUGGUGGUGCGGCCGCUUGAGAAGACCACCAGGGGUCGGCUCACAGGACCAGACUUGAGAGCUCUCGCUGAGAUGGAGGAAGUGGUGCAGCUGCCGGUGUCGCAGCAGCCCGUGCCGCGCCGAUCGGUGAAGGAGAUCAUUUCGGUGUCCUUCAAGCCAUUGAUGCGUGGAGGACAUGGAGGAUUUGGUGAGAGCCAGAGCUUUGGCGAAAGCUUAGGUCUGAAGACGGCGGUGCUUUUUCGACGGGCAGCGAUGUGCAUCCAACGUUGCUGGCGUUGGAAUCUCUUCAAGCGAAGGAUUGAAUUGUUAGCAGGUGCUGUCCGCGUUGCACGCUCUGUCCGGACUUCCACACUCUACAUCGAGGAGCGGCUCCUGAGUGGGCUCAAUACCAUUUCGACGGUGGACCGCUACCCACGCCUUCCGGAGUCGCAGCUGGCCAUGGGCUUUGCUGAGGCUCCGGUGAUCCUACGACGGCCUCAAACUCUCCGUCGAAGAAAUUCGGGCCUUUCUCAGGGUCAAAGUCCCUACAAACCACCGAUGUACGGACGAGAAGGUUUCCCCCAGUGGUUUUUGGACGAGGCGCCCAUUGAGCUGGCUCCCUCGGACGUGAGUUUACGUCCCCUACGAGGAUUGCAGGGCCUGCUACUGGAAGGAUUGGGCGGACCCGACGCCUUCAACUUCUUUGGAGAGGACAAAUCAUUUCUGGAAGUGGCGUCGCCUUUGCUGGAAAACUUUGCCGUGGCCUGUGCAGCUCCAGGUGGCUUAGAGAAGGACGUCCCAGUCGCUGUGGAACAACGGGAACUGUUAGAACAACGCUCUUCAGGGUGGGAGCAAGCUGCAAAUGCCCACAUCCCAGACGAUGCAGCGGGUCCCAUGCCUCCCAGCCCGAGUUUGCCUCCUUUGCCCACCUCCAUCUCUGAAGAUAGCUCUGAGACAAACUUGGAAGCCACCGCGUCAGAGAUCCAACUGGAGCUGGAUCGCUUAAUGCUGCACAUUGCUAAAGACCUUGAGAACAUGGAGGUCGUGAACCCAGAGGUGGUGAGGGUCACACCUGCAUUCCGGGUUUUUCAGCAGGGAGCAUUGGCCCUGCGAGAAAAUGAAAUUGACUUUUAUUUCAAAAGUCAGGGUGCCCUGAAGAUAUCAACUUUUUGGAGUCAUUCUUGGCAUGGCAGCAAAUGGAAUAAGAUCAUUACUCUCAUCACCAUAUACAACGGCCCGGCUGCUGCAGUGUCUGGCAUGGUCUCUGCCGUUGUGGCAGUGAUACUGUACUGCUUCGAGGUCCUUCCGAGCUUGGAUCGUGGAAGGGAAGAGGAUGGUAUUUCCUAUGGAUACUCGUGCUGGUCUCUUUGGUUCGGAUUCAUCGCCACAACUUUAGUGAUGAUCUUUUGGCGGCCUCGAAAGGGUAUCUUCUUGGACCGAAUUUGCAUCAGCAGCAACGAGAAGUUGAAAGCUGAAGCUAUCUUUAGCCUAGCUGGGUUGCUGAAACAUUCGGAUUCGAUGCUUAUUCUUUGGGAUCCGACUUGGACGGAGAGGUUGUGGUGCUUGUUCGAGCUUGCGGCUUUCUUGCAAAGCAAGAAAGAUCAGAAAAAGCAACUCCUCAUCAGGCCAACCUUGUCGGGUCCACUGCACAUCUCGUUCUUCCUGGUCUCUUUUGCUGGCAUGAUUCCCAUAAACAUGGUGCCUAUGGAUGUUUCUGAACCUAUCUUGAUGCUUGCUAACGCAGGUGGGGUUGUAUUGUGUGCUAGUGUGGCCUCAUAUGUGGCCAUGAGCACUCUGCGAAGCUAUUUUCGAGAUUUGGACACCAUGAAGCAGCAGCUGCUUCGUGUCUCCUUUGACACUUCAAGGGCCUCUUGUUGUGACGAUGGUCAUCGUCGUGGAGGUCGCAGGACCCCUUGUGACCGCAAAAUUCUGAAGGAAUGUGUGAAGCAGUGGUUUGGCAGCCAAGAGACAUUUGAGCACACGCUGCGUUCCGAGAUUCUGGAGAUUUUGAUGCGGGACUUGGCAAAGCGAGUUUUCACCACCAAAUCGACUCUGGCCAUGUUCAUGCCAAUAAUUUGGGCCUUUAUGGACCACGCAGCCAGUGAGGAGAGGUUCUACCCAGGACAAUUCUGGGUGAAAUGGACGGGAGCGGCCAUGCUUGAGGGGUUGAGCAUUUGGCUUCUGUUCAUGCCGAUUUUGAAGGAUGUGUUGGUCCUUGUAGGCGAGGUGACACGGGUAAGGCCCAAGAGUCUACUCAUGGAAGUGAUCAAGAACUCGCUUGCCUCAAUGACUUUGCUCCUUCCGUUAAUGAUCGUCAUGGGGACCUAUGUUGGUUUGACGUUUAUUCCAGCCCUAUAUGACUUCCCCCCAUUGGUCCGCUCUGGAAUCUUUUUCGCCUGCAUGCUGCUUUACUCCACGCUGACACGCUGCAUCGCAGCUGGCAUCAGGGCUUUCAGUGGUGGAUGCCUCCGCUUUGCUGAGCUGCGCUAUUCCAGUGUGUUGCAGGCCAAGCAACGAGCUGUGUUGCUGUAUUUGUGCACGUUCAACUUCGAGAAGCACGCGGCUGUUCCUUUGCUCCGGAGGCAUCAGCUCUACGAUGUGCAGACCGCUUACAACAUCCUGCAACUCUGGGAGCUGUACGGUCUCGACUGGCCACACAGAAGCAAGGUGGGCUUCUUCCUGCUGCGGCAGCGCGAGCCGAAGGCCUCGGAGGUGGUGUACGUCAAUGGCACGAAGCAUCGCUCGGCUGUGGCCUUUCGCGCUGAGUGGCAAUCUGCCGAGGAGGAUCAGAAGCGGACAGUGGUGACCAAGGAACAAACGAAGAAAGAAGUCUUGCAGAGGCUGGAAGAUCUCAAACAGAAAAAACGUCGCAAAGAUCUGCAGGAGAUCCAGGAAAUCUUAGCAACAGUCAGUGUCCCACAGCUUCUGGAAGCACUCGAGACCGGCAAACUACCAGUUGAUGUGGAUCUUCACAGUGUCGAGGCCUGGAUCCUGGGCAACCGUGCCACCUUUGCUCCUGACCGAGCCAAUGACAAGAAGCUGCUGGCGAAGCGCGCGGCCGCGGACAAGCUGGCGAUGAAGAUGCUUCUUCUGGAAGCCAAGGAAACCAACCGAGCCCAAAAAUUCACGGGCGACGACAGCGAAGCUCAACGUUUGAAGAAAAGCCGAGAAUGGGAGGAGAGACUUUUGAAGUUUUAUGGAACGCGUGCAGAACGUGCUGCUGAGACGCAGUGCCUCGUCAAAGCUCACCGGACGUGGCACGGCGAUCAAAGGUGGCUGGUGGAGGAGCCCGAAGCUCAGAACUGUCAGAACUGGCAGAACUGGCACCGUGGCGACCCGUGGCGACCCGUGCGGCACCGUCUGGUGCUGACUCUGACUCCAAGGUCUGAGCAUGAAGUUUCAGAGACCUCUUCUGAACGCGCAGAACGUGAAGAGCACGAACGGCAAAUGGAACUGGCAGAAGAAUUGAACAAACACAUUCAAGAAGUCAGAGAGCAGUUGGAACGAGAUGGGGACUUUGACUCGGAUGAUGGCUGGGGGUUCGACAUUCCCAUGCAACAUGCCGUACAAUCGAAGCGUUCGGGACGAUCCCAAGCUUUCAGUGAUUCUUGGUUCAUGUCAAGCUUCACGGGCAGCGAAGACCUACAAAUCCUACAAGAAGAAGUAGAAAGCGAGAAGCAGCGAGAGAAGGAAGCCGUAUACCAAGCACAACGCCAGAAGAUCUUCCAAGAGAAAGAAGCAAGAAAACAACGUGGCGAGAUGCGGCAAAUGGCAGCAACGUUCUGCAACAGAAGGUGUGCCAUUGAAAGCCAAAUUCGAAUGGCUGAUCAGCAGCAAGUGAAGGUGGAGCAUCAGGAUCGGACAAAGGAAAAGGUUGAGGCCAAAAAAAGACUUUGGCAACAAAGGAGAGACGUCAUGGAGUUGAAGAACCAGCAAAGUUUGGAGCAUCGAAGAAGGCAGGUGGACGAAUUACGUUCUGAGUUGCAAUGGUUGACGCAGACGCAAAACGAAAAGUUGCACGAGGAGCUUCAAGGGAAGAAGGCAGCCAUUAUGGAAAAGAAGGCAAGGGCCCAAGGACCCAAGGACCUGGCAAUGAGAUGGGAAACGCAGGGAACUGCAGGGAAUGAAGGUCUCACACGAGCUACGCAGCGUUUGGACAUGGACUAUGUGAACUCCUUCGAUGCCUUUGGGAGGUUGCCGAUGCCAACUCCGAACACAACAACGUGCAGUGCCUUCAGUGAGGUGUUGACCGGGGUCCAAAUGUCCAAGCGAGACUCGUUUUGUCACUCCGUGGACUUCCGCAAGACCAUCGCCUGUACAGAAACCACAGCCAGUGGUUUCACUGCGGAGGUCCAAGUUACAUCAAGUUACCAAGUCUUCACUGAAGCAAGUGUGGACCCCAACCAGUCAUGGGCCUCAGAGGCUCAGAGUCGGGUCGGACAUCACCAAAAUCCGCACGGAAGAUCACAGAAGAGCUAA